AUGAAGCCUAAGGAAGGCACAACAGGUGAUAAGGGCACUAGUGGUGCCAAACAGAAGGGUGCAACGGGACGACCACGUCAGUCGGGCAAGGUUUACGCUAUGACCCAACAAGAGGCUGAUGAUGAAUCUAAUGUCGUUACUAAUAUGGUCUUUAUUCAUGCUAGACUUGCACAUGUAUUAUUUAAUCCAAGAGGGACUCAUUCAUUUAUUUCUAGUAUGUUUGCAUUGAAUAUUGAUAUGAUACUAGAAAUUAUGCUUGCAAAAUUACCAGAUCAAACAGAGGUAGUGUUUACAGGGGUAAGAAAAAUGUUCCCUACUUGUUUGAUUUCAGAAGUAAAGGCUAGGAAGCUAUUGGGUAAAGAUUGUGUAGCAUACUUGGCCCAUGUAACAGUUUCUCAGCUGAGGAAGAUAAGACCAGAGGAUAUGCCUGUGGUACAGGAAUUUAUUGAUGUUUUCCCUAAGGAGUUAUUAGAAUUACCACCUAAUAGAGAGCUGAAAGAAGCAUCAGUAUUUUCAAAGAUUGAUCUGAGAUCAGGCUACCACCAGUUGAAAGUUAAGGAGUCAAAUAUCACUAAGACGACUUUCAGAACUAGAUACGAGCAUUAUGAGUUUCUUGUUAUGCCAUUCAAACUAACUAAUGCCCCAAUAGUGUUUAUGGAUUUGAUGAACACGAUAUUUCAUCCAUUGUUAGAUCAGUUUGUAAUUGUUUUCAUAGAUGAUAUCCUGGUGUAUUCAGGUAGAAAAGAAAAACAUGUUGAUCAUUUUAGGAUAGUGUUGCAAACACUACAUGAGAAGCAGUUAUAUGCUAAGUUCAGCAAAUGCGAAUUUUUGCUUGACCAGGUGGAAUUUCUAGGACACGUGUUGUCUGCAACAGAUAUCAAUGUUGAUCCUCAAAAGAUUGAGAUUGUAGUUUGA